AUGACAGUUACUGAAUUCCCACCACUUCGUAUGUAUAGAGAAGAUAUUUACCCAAAAUACAGGACUAGGUUUUCUUGUUUUGGGUUGUUUUAUUAUUUUUCGACAUUAUAUUAACAUCAUAAUAGUUUCUGAAGAAGAUUUACAAAAGUAUAAGGUUCCAUUGCGCUGGAGAGACAGAUGUGCUGCUAACUUUGCUCUUUACCACAUAUGUCUUAAGAGACAAUCUGCCAACUCGUCCGUUGACUGUAAGCACGAUAAACAUGCUUGGGAAGAAUGUGAAAACUUGGAUUUCAUAAGAAGACAAAAGGAAUUAGAACAAGCAAAGGAAAAGAGAAGAUCAGAAUUACAAUAA